AUGAGCGUCUUGGAUGCUGCAACAAAAACCGCCGGAGCGAGCACCACAAAGAGCAAGAAGAGACGCCAACAUAUUCUCAUCAAUGGCAAGCUAUUUACACAGAUGAACAAGGUUGGAAAAGGUGGCAGCAGUGAUGUCUAUUGUGUCAUGGCUGAGAACUACAAGUUAUUUGCCUUGAAAAAAGUCAAGCUCGAGGAUUGUGAUGAAUCUGCCAUGCGUGGCUUCAAGGGCGAGAUUGAUCUUCUCACAAAGCUUGCAGAUGUCGAGCGCGUCAUCCGACUUUUCGACUGGGAGCUGGACAACGAGAAGCAGGUUCUCAGUGUUCUCAUGGAGAAGGGUGAUCAAGACUUGAACCGAAUCUUGACAAUUCAGCUCAAUGGCACUGACCCAAAGUUCGACCCCGUUUUGACUCGAUUCUACUGGAAGGAGAUGCUUGAAUGUGUUCAGGCAGUCCACGACUACGAUAUUGUUCAUUCGGAUCUCAAACCCGCAAAUUUCCUCUCUGUCCAAGGCAAACUCAAGUUGAUCGACUUCGGCAUCGCGAAUGCUAUCGAUAUCGCCCAUACUGUCAAUGUUCAUCGCGACUCGCAUAUCGGAACACCCAACUAUAUGUCACCAGAGAGUAUUCUGGACACAAAUGCACCCACACCUGGUAGCGAACGCACUUCGAACAAUGGCAGUAGGCUGAUGAAGAUCGGCAAGCCUUCGGAUGUCUGGUCUCUUGGCUGUAUCUUGUAUCAGAUGGUCUAUGGUCGUCCUCCUUUCGCUCACAUCGCCAACCAGAUCAGUCGUAUUAUGGCUAUCACAAACUCCAAGGUUGUCAUUGAAUUCCCUGACAAGGGUGUUGGUGGUGUCACGGUGCCUUCUGCUUUGAAAGGUACUCUGCGAAGAUGCCUGCAACGCGAUCUGCACGCUCGGCCCACUGUCAAGCAACUGCUCAGUCUCUCGGAUUCUUGGCUGUAUCCUGACGUCGGUAAUGCCGUCGCCAUGAGUGAGGACUUGCUUGCACAGAUCAUUGACAAAGUUGUUGAGCGAUGCAAGGAUCCCAAGCGUGGCAUACCUUCACCCGAUGAAGUCAAGCAAUACCCAGCCAGCUUCAUGUCAAAGAUCCGCGAAAUGGUUGAGCGGGAUGGCGUCGUUGGAUGA